GACUGAACAUACUGCAUGCUCCCAUCAAUCACAACAAACUUCAAUUUCCUUUCUUUUUACGUGCUCUUUUAUAGCGUUCAAAAUGACUAUUCGCCCAGCAUAUAGACCUAAAAUUGUGAAGAAGCGGACAAAGCAUUUUAUACGUCAUCAAUCUGAUCGUUAUGCUAAGCUUUCUCAUAAAUGGCGUAAACCAAAAGGUAUCGACAACAGAGUACGUCGUCGUUUUAAGGGACAAUAUUUGAUGCCCAACAUUGGUUAUGGUUCAAAUAAACGCACCCGCCAUAUGCUGCCUACAGGAUUUAAAAAGUUUCUCGUACAUAAUGUAAAGGAAUUGGAAGUCCUCAUGAUGCAAAACCGUGUAUACUGUGGCGAGAUCGCACGCGGUGUGUCAUCAAAAAAACGCAAGGAAAUUGUUGAACGUGCUAAGCAAUUGUCUAUUAGAUUGACAAAUCCAAAUGGUCGCUUGCGCUCACAAGAGAAUGAAUAAGCUUAGUUGUCUUUGCUUAGUUGUGUACACAAAUCUUAAAAAACAUUAAAAAAAUUACCAUAUUCCACA